CAGUUUAUUCACUGAUCAGUACCGUCAUAACAAUCGAGCAAGCACGAUGGCUUCUGAUUAUGUGGAGAAUCUUCUCACCUUAGGUGAAUCUACUCCACUGAAGGAUGAUCUAAGUGGUGUUGCGAUUCCGGCCUGGUUCGAUGAACGCAAGUUCAAAAGGGCACAACGCUAUUUCCAACGGAACUUCGCCGCCAUCUACUAUGGAACCAUCUGCGGAUUGUUGGCCGUCAUGUCAGUUCCGUCGAUUUUGAAUGCCUUAGUUUUUGCAACCGGCGGUAAACCGUCCUUCCGCGUUGCAGCUCGUCGCUAUUUAGGAGCUUUGAGACAUACAAUCAACUGGUACUGUGAGGACCCAAAGUUGCUCGAAAGUAGCUCUUGGCAAUCACUAAAGCACGUGCGACAGGUUCAUUCCUCCAUUCAGAGGCGAGCGAAGACCAGCAACUAUGGAGUGAUCAUCUCACAGAGGGAUAUGGCGAUUACACAGUUCGCUUUUUUUGGGUUUGUGAUAUUGAAUCCGAAUAAAUUAGGAGCUCAAAACGAUCCAAGAGAUCUGGAUGCUAUGUGUCACUUUUGGAGAGUCUUCGGAUAUUUACUUGGAAUGGAAGACCGGUUCAAUCUGUGCACGGAUUCGUUUCAGGAGACUUGCUAUCGCAUGGAAACACUUCUAGAAAAUUUUAUAAAACCAUCAUUCGAACAGCGAACUGAGAAAUGUGACGAAGCAUAUCGUGAUCUUUUGGAAGGAUUGUGGUGCUUCAAUGUGCUUCUGGAUUACAAGGCUUUAACAUAUUGCGCGGGAAGAGUCGUGGGUUCAUCGAAAUUUAGCCAGUAUUGGUGCACGGAUAGUGUUCAGGACAAUGAUGAUUCAAAGUUGCAGCUUAACAUGGAAUGGAAAAGUCGUGUCGUGCUAUUUUUAAUUCUCACUAUUCACGAAGUGCUUCUGAAAUAUGAAUUAUUCCGACGAUGUUUCAACACUGCUUUAAUAGCAUCGGGACAGGCAGCUUUUUGGAUUUAUUCACAAGUAGGAGGCACUCUACAACGAUUCGUUCAAAAUUUCAUGAAUGUAAUUAUCCAUAAACCACAUACUCUUUCCUAAGGUGAAGCAUAUCAGAAUCCGAUUUCAAAAUUGACUUUUAAAUUCUAGAAGCAAAAAUCGGCGUAAUUUUGAUCAAUUUAUUGAUAUUUGUGCUUCCAAAAAUGAGAGGGAGUGUAAACCAGCUAUUCUAGUGGCCAAUAGUGGAUUGCAAGGUGCUUAAAGAAUAGAAAGAUUUGUUUUUAUUUAAUGGUAUAAAGAUGAUAAGAAACCAUUAGAUAUUGACUCACAUUGAUCUGUUGUUACCUACACAAUAUAUCCAAUUCACUUAAAUAACUUGUUUAAACCGAUACAACCAGCGAUUUAUGCCUAAUAAACAUUUCAGCAAAUCUGGUUUCCGUAAAAUUGGAAAACCUUACAUGAGCGUUCUCAUAACGUCAAAACUUAUAUGGGGAGUUCAUUCUGCGUUAGUCUGUUUGGGAGUUCAAAAUUAAUUAUAAAUAUUGUUACCUAAUAAAAAUAUUUACCUUUUAUAGUUAAUCAA